AUGUGGAAUUGCUUAUCGAAACGCAAACAAUUCAAGGAGGAGCCAGGGAAUGCAGAGCAAAGGGAUUGUGAAGAGCAGGAGCAGCAAGAGUCAUGCCUUCCAACCUAUUUGGAAGUAGAUGCAACCGAUUCACACACCAACACCCUGCCAUCAUAUGAUCGUGCCAAUUUCGAGCCAGUGGCAGACAGGGCAGCGGGGGUAAUAGAAAGAACGUUGCACAUGGAAGAGAGUGUACUGAGAGAGCUUGGUUCGACGAUCCACCAAAAUCCCGAACUGGCAUUCAGAGAGCAUUACGCGGCGAAUACGCUCACCCACUUUAUGCAGGGCAGGGGAUGGCGAGUGGAGAGAGGAAUCUGCGGGAUGGAAACGGCGUGGAAGGCUACAUUUAGUCGUGGAAUAGGUGGACGCACAGUGGGAUUCAACGCUGAGAUGGAUGCUUUGCCGGGCAUAGGGCAUGCAUGUGGACACAAUCUGAUAGCUGAGGGAGCAUUAGCGGCAGCUUUGGGUGUGGCUGCAGCGAUGGCAGAGAUGGAUGUAUCCGGGAGGGUGCUCCUCCUAGGUACACCAGCGGAAGAGCGGGGCGGUGGCAAAAUAAGAAUGUUGAGACACGGUGCAUACAAAAGCGCAGAUGCGAUGCUGAUGAUCCAUCCGGGUGGAGGUGCGCCGUACAAAACUGAUCUAAUAUCGCCCAUGUUGGCAAUCGAUUCGUUCAGUGCAGAGUACUUGGGCAAGGCUGCACACGCAGCGCUUGCACCGCACGAGGGCAUAAACGCACUCGACGCUGCCAUCCUCGCAUACACCAACAUAAACGCUCUCCGUCAGCAGACCAAGCCGUAUGAGCGCGUGCACGGUGUCAUCGACACCGCGGGCUACUCGCCCAAUGUUAUCCCUGCGUACUCGUGCCUCAGGUAUGGCGUGCGCAGCGCGACCCUGGCUGAGCUGGUGGAACUGAAGAGGAGGGUAGUUGCGUGCUUAAGAGCUGCUGCUGAUGCUACCGGAUGCCAAUUCGUCUUGCAUGAUACCACCCCUCCUCACCCUGAACUUCGUCAUAAUGGGCUUCUCGCCGUUGAAUACGCAGCCGCAUUGAUGCGCAGAUUUGGUACGCAUGUCCAGCUCGCUUUGGACGUCCCUGGAGGCGCAUCAACAGAUUUCGGCGCUGUCACUUACGCUAUGCCCGGUCUGCACCCUGCUUACGAAAUUUAUUCACAGGAAGGCGUUUCUAAUCAUACCGCAGAGUUCGCAAGGUGCACCGAUACACCCAUCGCCCAUCGAAAAACACUCGAGGCGGCUACAGGUGUCGCACUAACGGCUUUCAGGGUUCUGUGCGAUGAUGAUUUUGCUAGUGCUGUCCAAUCUGAAUUCCAUGGCGAAUAA